AUGCAGUUAGAAAAUUUGAAUGUGGAGAAACACGAGGUGCUGAUCACGCCGGAAGACCUGAAGGCAAAAUUGCCGGUAACUGAAGAAAUAUCAGCAGCGGUAAAUGCCUAUCGUCAGACGGUGCGGGAUAUUGUUGCCGGUAGAGACGAGCGCCUGCUUGUGGUUGUUGGCCCCUGCUCCAUCCAUGAUCCCAAAGCCGCGCUGGAAUAUGCGGGCCGCUUGCGAAAGCUGCAGGAUGAAGUCAGCGAUCAUCUGUUUCUGGUCAUGCGGGCUUACUUUGAGAAGCCUCGCAGCACUGUGGGCUGGAAAGGUUUGAUCAAUGACCCCCAUCUUGACGACAGUUUCUGCGUGUCAGAAGGAUUGGAGAUUGCACGGCAGUUGCUUCUGGAUAUUUCGGCGAUGGGCCUGCCCAUUGCCACCGAAGCCCUGGACCCGAUCACACCACAAUAUCUGCAGGAUCUUAUUUCCUGGUCGGCUAUCGGCGCGCGUACCACGGAAUCACAAACCCACCGGGAAAUGGCUUCGGGGCUGAGUUGUGCUGUCGGGUUCAAAAAUGGCACCGACGGAUCCCUUGGCGUUGCCAUCAACGCUUUACAAUCGGCGAUCAGUCCACACCGAUUCUUAGGCAUAAGCCCAUCCGGUCAGGUGAGUGUUAUCCACACCCGGGGUAACGAACAUGCACACAUCGUUCUGCGCGGAGGGUCAAACGGGCCGAACUAUGACCCCGCAAGCGUUUCCCAGGCACAGGAAAAGCUGGCAAGCCUCGGCCUGCCCGCCUCUAUCAUGAUUGACUGUUCACAUGCUAAUUCGAACAAAGAUCACCAGCAGCAGAAAAACGUUCUGCACAGCGUGCAGGAUCAGCGUGGCGGCGGCAAUAAAGCCAUCACUGGCGUGAUGAUAGAAAGUAAUCUGGAAGCUGGGAAUCAGAGUAUGUCGGAUCUGAGCCAACUGCGUUACGGAGUUUCGGUAACCGAUGCGUGUAUUGACUGGCAGGAGACCCAGUCUCUGUUGCGCGAUUUAAACGCGGCUCUGGGUGUCAAAGCCGCCUGA